AUGUUGGCUCAAAGAUUAAACGGUGCUAAGCUACUCUCCAAUUCCUCAAGACUGUUGGGCUCAAGAUGUCUAUCAAGCUCAAUCGUCUCAAGAAACAGCACCUAUCGUACUCCUGAUUUCGGUUCAAACGUUAAACAAGACAGAGAUGCUGAUAAAUCUCGUUCUUACGCUUACUUCAUGGUAGGUUCUUUGGGUUUAUUGUCCUCUGUAGGUGCUAAAUCCACCGUCGAAACUUUCGUCACCUCAAUGACCGCUUCUUCUGAUAUCUUGGCCAUGGCUAAAGUUGAAGUCAACUUGGCUGCCAUCCCAGAAGGUAAGAACGUCGUUGUCAAAUGGCAAGGUAAACCGGUCUUUAUUAGACACAGAACUCCUCGUGAAAUUCAAGAAGCCAACAGCGUCGAUGUCGCUUCUUUAAAGGACCCUCAAACUGAUGCUGACAGAGUUCAAGAUCCUCAAUGGUUAGUUAUGUUGGGUAUCUGUACCCAUUUGGGUUGUGUCCCAAUCGGUGAAAGUGGUGAUUUCGAUGGUUGGUUCUGUCCUUGUCACGGUUCUCACUACGAUAUCUCUGGUAGAAUCAGAAAGGGUCCAGCUCCUUUGAAUUUGGAAAUUCCAAAAUACGAAUUGGACGGUGAUAAAUUAGUCGUUGGUUAA